GUCACACGGGGGUUCUUCAGGAAAAAUGUACAUGUGUGAUUAUAAAACUGAAUAUAAGCAUUGUCUAAAAUAUCAUCAGUUAUCGCACAAAGACCUUUCAGAAAGACAAUGUGAUAUUAAAACAAAUCGUAAGGGUCAUUUGAAGGUACAUGAAGUGGACGUUAACAUAAUGAACACAAGCAUAUCACAAGUUAACAUCGAUACUACCAAAGAUGGUGAUUUUUUAAAGCAUGGCCUUGAUGGACAGGAAAAUGAUAAAAGCUCUAAAGAGAUCGAGGUAAAACUGGAAGAUCCUCAGGUUUCGCAAAAGAAGUAUAAAAGUGUUGAAGAACAGCAUAAUAUUAAACCCGAAGGCAUUGAAUUAAAACUAGAAGAUGCUCAGGAUGUGCUGGAGCAAUAUAAAAACAUUGAUAGGCAGUCUUAUAUUAGUCCUGAGGAGAUUGAAAUAAAACUGGAAGAAAAUGGUCAACAUGUCCGGGAGAUUUAUGAAAAUAUUGAUCAGCAGCCUUAUAUUAAAUCUGAGGAGAUUGAAAUAAAGAUAGAGGCAGAUGAUCAGGAUGGUGAUUCAUCUUUGAAUGAUUUAGCUAACGGGACAAUUGAAAACAAAAAGAAGUGUGCUACAAAAAGUAUGGAAGAAAUAAACAAUGAAUACAUACCAAUAUAUGAAGCAGAAUUGAACAAAAACAUUACGACAUUGAUGUCAGUUCACAAUGUCCAAAUAUCCAAAAGUAAAAAUAGUUACCAGAAUUGUGGGUCUUCAUUAGAUAAGGGUUUGUAUCGAUGUGAUGAAUAUAAAUAUGAAACUGAGUUGAAAGGGAACCUGAAGAUACAUCAGUUAACAACACACAAAAACAGCUACGGGAAAGAUCCGAAUAAACAUCAGUCAAUAAUGUACAAUGUUCCCUCAGAUGUGAGAGCCUACAAGUGCGAUACGUGUAACUAUGAAACUAAGCGUAAGGGUGAUCUGAAAACGCAUCAGUUAACCCACAAAGAUCUCUCAGAAAUCCAAAUGUACAAGUGUGAUAUAUGCAGUUAUGAAACUAAACGUAAGGGUCAUCUGAAAGGACAUCAGCUACUGCACAAAGACAUCUCAGAAAUCCAGAUGUACAAGUGUGAUACAUGUAAUUAUGAGACUAAACAUAAGGGUAACAUAAAAGUACACCAGUUAAAGCACAAAGUCCCUUCUGAAAUCCACAUGUACAAGUGUGAUAAGUGUGAUCACGAGACUAAAUAUAAGAGGUAUCUAAAGCUGCAUCAGUUAUUGCACAGAAACCCUUCAGAAAUUCAAAUGUACAAGUGUGAUACGUGUAGUUUUGAAGCUAAAAGCAAGAGUCGUCUUAAACUACAUCAAUUAUCACACAAAGACCCUUCGGAAACCCAACUAUACAAGUGUGAUAGGUGUGAUUAUGAAAUUAAUUGUAGAAACAGAUUAAAAACGCACCAAUUAAUACACAAAGAUUCAUCAGAAAUCCAAAUGUACGAAUGCCACACUUGUACUUAUGAAACUAAGCACAGGAGUCUCCUGAAAAGGCAUGAGUUAAUGCACAAAAAUAUCUCGGAAAUCAAAAUCUACAAGUGUGAUACUUGUACUUACGAAACUAAAUACAAGUGUACUCUAAGCAGGCAUCAGUUGAUGCACGAAAAUCCUUCAGAAAUCCAAAUGUACAAGUGUGAUACAUGUAAUUACGAAACUAAAUAUAAAACUUAUUUGAAAAUUCAUCAAUUGACACACGAGAACCCUCCCACGGCACGAAAGAGGGAAUGCGAUACAAACUACGACAGUGUUAAGAAACGUUCAAAUACCCAAGUGUUCAAAUGUAAUGAAUGUGUUUUUGAUACUGUUCAUAAGCAGAAUUUAAUAGUGCACAUGUUAAAACACCGAGAUCCCUCGAGUGUGCAGAUGUACAAGUGCAAUAAAUGCAUUUACCAGACAAGGCAUAAGGGCAAUCUAACUAGGCAUUAUUCAAUACAUAAAAAUACUUUGGGAAUGUAAGUGGCAAGACAGUGUAGGCUCUGUCUUAUAAUCUAUCAGUGAAGAUGGAAGGCCUUACAUAACCUCGGAUCCACAAUCGUGAUUGGUGCAAUUGUACAGACUACGGUAAAUAAAUGCUACUAAAUCUUUGAGGCUAAACAAGCUAAAAAUGUUCUUUUCAGUGUCGUUAUAAUAUUUGAGGAUGUGUAGAUACCGCAACAUUAAUACGAAGUGUAGAAGGCUUAUUUUGUGCAAACGAUUAAAUGGCGGAUGUCAAACAAAAAAUUUUAAUGGUUUGAUAAUAUAAGGGCUCAAUAAAGGGUAUUUUGUGCUUUCUAGAACAAUUGCUUUAACCUACUGUUUAAAAAUUGGGCAUAACCUGCUAGAUCUAGUCUUUAUGAAAUAAAUGUGAUGUUCGGAAUAUUUUUUCAAGA